GUAGACGCAGGAGGGUGAGGUUAUCGCUGCUUUUGACACCAACACAAUCUAUUAUCACCGCUUGUGUCUCAACCCCUAGGAGCUACCACAGCCGGCCUCCCCACCUCACUGUCCCGAAUUCGAGGACCAGCUGAGGAAGAGCCUCCUCCUCCUCCUCCACUACAUCUUCCUUGUUCCUCCUACUCCUCCUAUCUUUUCUGUAACUCCUUCUUCGCGGAAUUCGAGAGGCAAAAGGAUAAAAACACCCUCCAAUUCUUCCCUCCUCCUCUUCCCCUUCUUCUUCCUCCUCCUCCUCCUACUGAUGAUGAGGGAGGUGAUGGGCGGGGAGGUGGUGGAGGAGGAGCCGGCCGCCCACCCUCACACCUCCGUCGCCAGUGAUGGUCUCUCCCUGGCUGUUCCGACACCCGCCCCCACGCCCACACAUCCGCCUACAGACGCCCCCGUAGCUGCCAUCAGGAGGUACCUCGACUCCAUGCCCCAGCACCCGUCUCCACGCAAGGAGGUAGCGAGUAGCGCUGUGUGGAGGUGUGUGCGAGGAGAGGUCAUAGCCACGUUCCUCAUGACCAUCGUCACUACUAGCACCGUCCUCCAGCCCCCUCGGCCCUCAAUUAUGGCCCCUUGUGCCCAGCCAGUGGGCGGGUUGGUGGACGGGGUGUCGGACACUGGGUGGGGUUCGGCUGUGAGGUGGGCGGUGGGUCACGGCCUAGUGAUGGGCGCGCUCAGCUGGGCCGUCAGAGGCGCUCACUUAUCUCCACCCACCACCAUCGCUCUACUAGUAACUAGGAGGGUGUCACUGCUUCGAGCUUGUUUACACAUGUUAGCCCAAGUGUGUGGGGCGUUACUGGCAGCACCUGUUCUCCUGGGUCUUCUACCACGACCACCACGACCACCACAGCUGGCACCACACCUCACAGCCGUCCAGGGUUGGGGAGCUGAAUUUCUGGCGACUUUGGUAGUGACUCUCAUCUCUCUCUCUGCAUACGAGGCCACCCACGCCCCCUCCCGCUACACCAAGGACGCCCACUCCCACCACACCACGCCUAUGUUCUCCUCCAACGCUGCCGUCCCCGUUAUCGCCGCCCACAUCGCUGCCGCCCUCUUCAGUGCCGAGUUCACCGGGAUUGGCCUCAAUCCUGCCCGCUCAUUGGCUGUUGCCGCGGUCACUGGAGCUUGGACCUCCCACUGGGUGUUCUGGGUGGGUCCCGUGUUAGGAGGUCUGCUGGCCGCCUUCACCUACGAGUACACGGCCACCAAGGACCCCGAUGCCCCCCCGCCCCUGCCCCCCAUGCUGCCCAGAGACACUUCCAGGCCAUCAGCCAUCACCUCCACCCUGGCAUCACCCUGUUAAGCUGUUUAGUUGACAACAUUGCUUGCUGACUCAGUAUAAAUUUGUAAUUCUCAGAGGUCCUUCAUCAUCACUUGUCCCUCCUGAGUCACCUACACCCUCACCUACACCUGCUGAGUCACCUACACCUUCACCUACACCUGUUGAGUCACCUCACCUCACCA